AUGACAUCAAAAAUAGUGAAAAAUACGGAUGUUUUGAUCGUGGGUGGCGGCCCAGUUGGUACAGUGCUAAAUUUAUUGCUCAACAGAUGUGGCGUCUCAAAUUUGUUAAUUGAGAAGAGGCCGUCAUUGUCGAACAAACCAAGGGCUCAUUAUAUUAGUAAUAGAUCAAUGGAAGUGCUGAGGCACCUGGGUCAUGUUGAUAAGCUAUGCCAAAAGAUAAUACCCCCUCUCGAACAAUGGAGGUAUAUUAGUUAUUUCAAUGAUAUCAUGUCUACUCCUAUAGCAACAAGAGACUGUUUUUCCCAGUAUUAUACGUACAAUACGACAUAUUACGACCCAUAUUCUCCAUCAAAAGUGGGCAAUUUGGGACAAAACAUAUUAUCACUACUGUUAAAUUCACUUAACUCGGAUGACGUUUCUAGGCUUGAAAUGGAUUGUGAAUUCACAAUACCCUUGGAAAUUCGGAAAUCUCUUGGUAAUUACGACUAUAACAACCACAAUGUCCAUUUUGGCACCAAACUUGUUUCCAUUGAAGUAUCAAAUGAUGGAGCGGUUGCCAUUUUAGAUACUGAGAAUGGACAAAGAAAAGUUAAUUGUAAAUAUCUUAUAGGCGCAGAUGGCAUAAGAAGCACUGUAAAAGAUAAAAUUGGCCUAACAGAUAGUUUUUUUGGUCAAUGCAAGAGUUAUUACGUGGCAAUCCACAUUGAGUCAAGGCAAUUGCAAAUGUUGCAUCAAAAAACACCAUCUAUGCUGAAAUUCAUUUGUGGGAAACAAAUUGCAGUGCUUGUUUGGUACCGCGAUUCUGAAUUUGUUUUGCACGUCCCCUGUCUAUCUCAGGAGUUACAAACUAACUUUGAUAUACAAAGAUGCAUUAAAAGUGUUUCAGAUAUUAUAAACGUGAAGUUUAAGAUAAAAAAUUGCACCUACUGGACCCAAAAUAUGUCUAUCACAAGAAAUUUUACUGAUAAAUUCGGUCGUGUUAUUCUUAUUGGCGAUGCUGCGCAUCAACUUAUUCCUUCCGGUGGAUUUGGAAUGAAUUUGGGAAUAAAUGAUGCAUAUUCAUUAUAUUGGCGUCUACAUUAUCUAAUAAAUAACAAUAUAAGUGAUGAUAACCGCAAAAUUCUCAUCAACAAUUAUGCCACAGAACGAUCACUAGUUUCAAAUUAUGCGAUAAAGGUAGCGGCUGAAGUUUACAAUGCCGGUAAAGUGGUGCCUUCAAUAAUGGGAUACAACAUCACACUUGCCAAAAAUUUAGUCACAACUGCAAGUUUAUUUACAUCAACAUAUAACAUUGAUAAACUGCUAAACAUGGGUACCAGAUUUACCAAUUAUAUCACUACAAACCCUUUAAUAGGCAAAAUCAUAAAGCAAAAGGUCAACAGAUAUUUGUGCAAUGAUAAUUGUGCAAUUAGGUUGACAUAUCCUGCAGCAGAUUUAAACUAUCAGCUUAUAUAUCCCAACAUAGAGGAUGUAAAAAGUCAAUAUUCUAUAGCUUCACUGGAUAAUUACUACAAGAUGACGCCCAUUGGAUUAAAAACUCCAAAAUGUGCAUGGAAAGUUGACUCCGGGUGUUUAAUUGGGAGGAGAAUUCCGCAUUUUUGGAUUUAUUAUGAAAUAACACACCUAGGAAAUGAAAGUAAUAUGGAUGCCAAAAAAGUUAUCCGUCUUUCUACAGUUGAUUUUACUAGUAUAUUUAAUGCACCGAAUUUUGUCUAUUUAACCUUCUCGGAAAAUACACAAUUGCGAAUUUCUGGAAUUACUAGCAAAAAUAAUUUGUUGCAAGUCAUUUGGUUUACGGAUCAUCUAGUAAAACAUGAAGAUUAUAUUAGAAUCUUGGACAAUCCCCUACAUAUAUUAAACCCAGGAAAGACUAACGUACUGCUUCAAGAUUUUUCAAAAUCUAAAAUUCAACAUUUAAGGGUAUUCUCUAGCAAAUCAGCACUCGAACAAUUCAAAAUUAUUGCAAACAUUCAUUCGCAUUCAAAUAAUAUAGGCAUCGUUAUUCGCCCAGAUGCCAUUGUUACUGAUAUAUUGUAUAACUAA